UGUCAAAUUGUUAUUAAUCAUUAUUGUUGUUUGAAAAUGAUAAUAUUUAUUUAUUGUUUUUGGGCCAGAUAAAAAUGUCUGAGAACCAUGUAAGCGAUUACAUGAGCGACACAGAAAGCUCCGAGGAUGAGAUAGAGCCCAAAUUAAAAUACGUGAGACUGUCAAACGAUCUACAAAGCAUAUUGCUGAAGUCGUCCGCAACAUGUAUUGCCGUACAUCCAAAAUUUAUCUGCCUCGGCUCACAUUGGGGCGUCAUCCAUAUCCUAGACCACCAAGGUAACAGUAUUCAAGGCAAAGAACUGAAAGCGCAUACUGUGAGUGUCAAUCAAAUUUCGAUAGACUCUAAUGGAGAGUUCAUCGCUACUUGCUCGGACGAUGGGCGUGUUUUCAUACACAGUUUGUUCUCGAAGGAGAAUAAUGUCCACUUGAACUUGGGCAGAUUAGUGAAAACUAUAGCGUUAGAUCCGUGUUAUUACAAAUAUGGCUCAAACAAGAGAUUCAUCACAGGUGAUGAUAGACUUACUCUUUAUGAGCGCACAUUUCUGGGCGGUCUGCGGCCAACCGUAUUGUGUGAGAGUGAAGGGUUAGUUAAGAGUUUGUGUUGGGGUGAGAACUUUCUCGCCUGGUCCAGUAACAUAGGCGUGAGGGUAUACGACAUGAACGCCAGGUGCUCAUUAGGUCUUAUCAAAUGGGAGGAACAUCCAGGGAUUUCGAUAGAUAAAUUCAGAUGUAAUUUGAGGUGGGCAGAUAGCAGAACCCUUUUAAUAGGUUGGGUGGAUACCGUAAGGGUUUGCGUUAUAAGAAAACGUAGCAAUAUUGAAUUGGCAAAUCGAGACUUACCCGAAUACUUGGUCGAUCCAGUAUCCACAUUCCAAACAGAGUUCUAUUUAAGCGGCAUUGCACCCUUAGACCACCAACUGGUCCUUCUGGGUGUCCCUAAAGAGCUCGAUGAAAAUCAAAAAUCUUUACGUCCACAGUUGUACAUAGUAGAGUAUAGGGAUAACGAUUACACUGAUAUCUGUACUGACAGCUUAUCGUUGAGGGGGUACGAGGAGUACAGCGUAAACGAUUACCACUUAGACGUCCUGCUGGAAGAAAAUAGAUUUUUCAUUGUCGCACCCAAAGACGUCGUUAUCGCCAGCCCCUAUGACCUGGAUGAUAGGAUACAGUGGUUUAUUCAGCACAGUAAAUUCGACGAAGCGUUGGAUAUUUUAAUGCAGAACGAUAGCCGCAGCAUCAACAGGCACACGAUUCAGUCAGUGGGGGUCGACUAUCUUGACUAUUUGCUUAGCAGGGGAAUGUACGAUGCGGCGGGUAGGUUGGGGUUAAAGAUUUUUGGGAAAAAUCCGAAUUUGUGGGAGGACCAGAUCUAUAAGUUCGCCAGUGUGCAUCAGUUGAGAUCGGUGAGUCCCUACAUACCAAGAACGUUGGAUUCGAAGCUAAAUCCUCACAUUUACGAGAUGAUACUUUAUGAAUAUCUGAAGUUGGACUCCCAGGGUUUCUUGAACUUGGUGAAAGAGUGGAACCCUGGCUUGUACAAUAUCGCGGCAGUCAUAAAUGCCGUAUUGGAACACCUGUUGAACUGUGAGGUGGACAAAAAUAUUUAUUUGGAGGCGUUGGCCAUUUUGUACAGCUACGAGAAAAAGUAUGACAGGAGCUUGUCGAUGUACCUGAAGCUCAAACACAAAGACGUCUUCACGUUGAUACAAAAGCAUAACCUGUACGGCGUCAUACAGGACAUGCUAAUCGACCUCAUGGAUCUGGACCACAAGAAAACUAUCGAGCUGUUGCUCGAGAAGAACACUAUCUCCUCCGAUAAGAUCGUCGAGAAGCUCAGGCAAAACGAGCUACACCUGUACAGGUACUUGGACGAAUACGACAAGAAGAAUCCCAAAGGGAAGUACCACAAGGAGUUGGUCAAGCUGUACGCCAUCUUCGCCAGGGCAAAGCUGCUGCCGUUUCUGAAGAAAUCCGACUUUUACCCCAUUCAGGAAGCCCUGGAUAUCUGCCAGAAGGAGAAAUACUAUCCGGAGAUGGUGUACCUUUUAGGAAGGAUAGGCGACACCAAGGAGGCCCUGGAACUCAUCAUAAACGAGCUGAAGGACAUGCAGCACGCCAUAUCGUUCUGUCAGGAGCACGACGACCCGGAUCUGUGGAACGAUCUCAUAGACCACUGCGUGGACAAGCCAGAGUUCGUUACGUUCCUGCUGCAAAGCAUCGGGACGUACGUCGACCCCACUGUACUAGUCCUCAAAAUCAAGAAGGACAUGAAGAUACCCGGCUUGAAAAAUUCCCUGGUCAAGAUGCUGAACCAGUACAACUUACAGGUCUCCGUUCAAGAAGGCUGCAAGAAGAUUUUGGUGUCCGACUACUUCAACCUGCAAAAAAAACUGGUGACGGUGCACCAGAAAGGUGUUUCAGUGUGCGACGAGGUAGUCUGCGGGGCCUGCCACCGAAAAUUGAUAGAGAAAGAUCCAUCCCGGGCGGUCAGCCUGGCCAUGUUCAACUGCAAACACGCCUUCCACCUGCAGUGCUUACCCGACAACGCCACUAUAUGCGGCAUCUGCUACACGUUGGAACAAAAGUAGUCCCCUUUAUUCUGUACAAGUGUGAAGGUACCUAUCCACCCACGCGGUGAUGUUAGAACCUGCAUUACAACCCUCCACGUCGAACUGGGAGGAAAAGUGAACAAGGA